AGCCACGCGUGCCGUUCCCUCUGACAUGCCAGGAGACUUGCCCCUGACCCGCGCCGAUCAUCUUGGAAAGACAGGAAUGCUUGGCUAGACAUACUUGUUCCUUGCAGUUCCAUGUCUUAUGCACUCCUCUUGCAUGUUUGACACUUUCAGACUAUCUACCAAUAGUUUCCAAGAGUCUCUAUUCAAGCUUGACAGACGGCGCAAUCUGACGUGUCUUGGUGUCGGGGGCGAAUUCAAUUUCAGGCUUUAGCCAUCCGAUGCCUCAGGGAGCGGUAAGUGCCGUAAAUCUGACCUGUUCACUGGAGGCUGUCUGCGUUGGCUUGCAUGCUUUCCUAUCGGGUCUCUGUAGUCUUUCGAACCCGUCAAUAAUCUUCCAUCAAUUUGCUUCUUCGAGGGUGCGGGCUGUUCUGCGGCCGCAGAUCUUCAAUGGGAGAAAUAAUUCACAUCACACCAUCGGCUCAUAUGUGACGCCUCACCCACACUACGCUGCGCCAGGUAAGGUUUGAGCCGACAAAUGUCUUGAUGAGCGCUGUGUGCCAGGCGAUCGGUGGCCGCUUGGCUUGGUGUUGCUCCCCGCCGUAGUGUCC